AUGAAGGACAGCAACAGCAGCAGCAACAUCUCGUCGAGCAACGCAGCAGGGAUGCCCUGUUCCGCCGGUGGAGGAGGAGCAGUGACUACGGCAGGUGGGGCAACCACUGGCAGUGCCACGCCCACUGCGCCCAGUACGCCCACAACAGCAGCGGCGGCGGCAGUAAGUGCGGCAGACCCGACAGCAGCAGCAGCAGCAGCUCAAAAUCCGCAACAGCGCAGCAAGAGCAACAUCCACGAGCUGAGGAAUCAGGACUACGUCAGUCGCCUAAUGGCCGCCACUCCACCGUAUUUGUACUCCGCACCCGUGGGACCGAAUAAUUUCUUCUUCAGCGAUAUGCUGCGCUCCCUGGUCCAAGCUCGAAAUAAUGAGACGGCCCGAGUGUUGCAGCUGCAGCAGCAACAGCAGCAGCAGGCGCAGCAGCAACAACAGCAGCAGCAGCAACACCAGGCUGCCCUGGUGAGGCGGCCCAGGAAGCGAUCCUGGUCGUAUCGUCCCUACUACGAGCAGCUAAGAGAGCGUCGCGAUGCCGAGGAGAAGCAGCAGCAGCAGCAACAGCAACAGCAACACCAUCAGCAGCAACAGCAACACCAUCAGCAACAUCAGCAGCAAAUGGCGCCCGAAAAACCUCUGGAGCUCACCAAUAAAGCCAUAACGCCGUAUGGUUAUGCCAAAAUGGAGGCCAAGCCACCCAUAACACCAACGGCCACGGCUACGGCAGCUGCACCACCAACUAGCACCACUGGUAAUAAUAAGACCGGCGGUGGUUUGGUGGACAGCAGCCUGCAGGAUAACACACCGCCGGCGGCCUCGUUGCCACCGCAGGAUUUGGUCCUUCCACCACCACCACCCGUUUGGUAUCCACCACUCUAUGCGCCCUACGGCAUCGAUCCCCUUCACUUCUUCAUCGAUCUGCGCGUUUCGGGGCACAUCUACGAUCGCAAGAAGGAGAAUGUCUCACCGCUUUCAAGCAGCAACAAUGCGAUUGCCGAGGAGGGUUCGCCCGGCUCGUGUUCCAGUUCGGGCGCCAGUGGUUCCGCCUCCGCUUUGGCCACCGGUAACCUACUGAGUAAGCAGCGACAUGGCUCCGCUUUUACGGUGCCCAUUCCCAAGGCGGCGCAAAAUGAUGCAAUCAAUCUGUGCGCCAAUUCGGCGGCUGCGGGUGCAGGUGCAACAUCCACCUCAUUGGGCAGCAAGUUCGAGCACUACGCCAAGUACUACGAUCUGGGCGAGACCAAGGAGAACCAUCCAUCCAGCACGGCUGCCAAUCUCUCCGCGGCCGCUGCUGCCGCCGCUGCAGCUGCGAAUCUAUCGAAAUCGGGAGCCAGCUACAUGUUGCAACAUCUGCCGCGACUCUACAGCCAGUUCGCCGCCCAUCAGGCGCAGGCCCAGAGCCAGGAUACGGAUGCCAAGUCGGAGUCCGCCUCGGUAACGGCCUCACUUUCGGCGCCCGAUCUCUGCGAUGAGGAUUCGCUGGGCCGCAAUUCCAGUGACACCGGCAACGGCUUGGAGGGCACCAGCCAGGGUGGUCAGGGUAAUUGCGACAUCGAUGUGGAGAUCAUUGACUCCAUCAAGUACCGCACGGAUGGCGAGAGCAGCCGCUGUUCCAGCAACGACGAGGCCUCCAUCACACAAAUCGAUUGA